AUGGGUGGCCCUGAGCCACCCACGGAUCAACAGAUUAAGAGCAACGGAUUGGUGCAAGUUUUUGAAGAUUCGGCUUAUUUAGUCGACAAGAUCAUGUCCGCAAGUUGCCAAGAGAGCUAUGGUAGGCAGUGCGGUCAGCAGGUCUUGCUUGCUAAAGGAAGAAAUUACCCUGUGCGGCCGUCAAAGCUGCUGUGUAAGUCUAAGAGCAAGCCGGCAGACAUAGACCCAGUUGCUCUGAACGAAACUUUCUCGUUACUCGCUGCCCCGGACUUCGAUGACUUCUCUAGGUUGUUCCCAACAAUUUCUGGCCGCUGCGGCCGUGAGAUGUGUCCUGUCGAGCCCUCGUCUACGGCAAACAUGAUCUUGGUAAAAAAUAUCCCCCAAAACGAAGCAGUUCGCAAGGAGGCGAUUGGUCUUAUACCUGGAAAGUAUCAGGGCUUUUUCCAGGAUGCGGCUCUACAGGGAUGGGAGGCGUGCUAUUCGUCUGCAUAUAUGAAGAGAGAGAACAAGGAGAUAUCGGCGGCGGUUAUAUUCCGAAAAGACGAGUUCUUACCACGCGCGGCUGCUGUCUCAGACCCGCUAGCCUAUAUCGAAGAUAACCUGAAACAGGGAAUUUGUAGGGCAUGUUAUCGUGGGAAUGGUGAAUGGGUCUUGGGGUGUGGUCUGAAAACUGCGGACUGGGCAAAGAAGGAGCCUACAUCGACAUAG